AUGUGUUGCUUUUGCAAACAUAAUGGCGAGUCGCGCCAUAUCUACAUGGGCCACAAGUUAAAGGAUAAUCAAGGCAGAAUUGUCUGUCCUGUUCUAAGAAUGUACUCCUGCUCACUAUGUGGGGCAACAGGAGACAUGUCACACACCAAGAAGUACUGCCCCCUCAACAAAGAAAACCACUGUCUGUACAACAAAAGUGGACGCAACUCUGCUGGGCGAAAAGUGAAACGCUAA